GUACUCGCGUUUCGCUCAGCGGCGUUCACCUCAGACCUUCCGCUUCCUGGGCCCGCCUUCAUUAUCUUUUCCCUCUCGCCGUCAUGCAGAACGGUCACUGGGUGCCUCAUAUGCAGUCUCAUGGCCGACGGAAUAACUAUCCUAAUGGCGCAAACGCCCCUAUGGCCGUCAGUUCACUGCAGGAUGCUCAAGAUCUGCUGUCCAUGUACCCAAUGGCGUCGGCCACUCCCUCAGCCCACGUGACCAGACAUCUCAGCAAUCUUUCCCUCACCGCCGCACCGCCAUCGUAUUAUAUACAGCCGGUGAUGCAGAGAGCACAUGUCCACACAUAUCCUCAAGCGUAUCCCCAGUCUUAUGGGGAUUAUUACAACGAGCUGCAUCAACUCAACUCUCUAUCUCAGUCUUCGAAUGAUUCUGUUUUCUUCGAUACCUCCAUGACGAACGCCGUCAGGUACCUAGGCGACCAGGGAUCUCACUAUGCAUCAUAUGAUAUUCCUCAGCAACAAUGGUCGCCACAGGCCCAGUCUUCAACCUACCAAUCGACUCCUUUCGCUCAGUCGGUCUUUCAGCAUGUCACGCCGUCUUCUUUCUAUCCUACUCCUCCGCCUCCUGGCAUCAGCACUUCUUCAUCUUCUCUUGCAUCUGCUCUCGGCCCACCGCCGAAGCCUCAACAGAAGCCUCCUCAGAGGCCCCCACCCAAACCUCCAAAGCCGGUCUAUCAGCCUUCGGAGUCUGCGGAGUUUUUCGACAAUUUCCUAGCUGAACAAACUGCCAAGACCCAACGACGUGUGACACCUCCGCAGACUUUGCGUAUGCUGCAGGAUGAUAGCCCGGAUCCUUUAGCCUUCAGUCCAGUUACUGCACGGACAUCCACCGCAACGCCACGGAAACGGAAAGCUGCUCAGGUAUUGGAAUCUCCAACAAUUAAGCGCAUACAUACACCCAGUGGCUCUCUUCAGAGCUCAUUAUCCACCGACCGCCACGAGAAGACUCCAAUUGCGAAACGGAAACAGGUGUUCGUUGAACUACCACCUGUACCACGAUCAAUACAAGGAAUGUCGACCCCUAGGCGAGACCGCUCCUCAUCGCAGACAGUCUCUCGCAAUGGUAUCGAAUCAGAUUCCGACGACCUAGGAGGGUACGGUACUGAUUCGCCAACGCGGAAUCGACUAUUCGACCAUGUCAAGUCCUCAGGUCGUCGCGCCACCGGAGAACGAGACGAAAGAGCCCCGCUAGAGAAGCUAACAACUCUUCUAGAAGACAUCUUCGAGGCAGAAGAUUCAUUGGCGCCCGACAUAGAUACUUCUGAGCUUCCGCUAGACUUUUUCUCGCCGCAUACAACUGACUGUUCUCGUCCCCUUCUACAUUCCGCCAUUGUUCGGAAACUAACCAGUCACAUUGGCAAAGCUAUUCGCCCUAGCAAGAGACUCCGACUCUCUUCACGAGAUGGUAAUCCAAAUGUCGGCGGAACUCCACGGUCCAGAGGUAGAAUAGCAGACAUCGAAACGAACGUGCUGUCCAGAAUUUUAAGGAUCCUGGAACGCAGCGUAAGAGUUGGUGAAGAUCUUGAUCCUUUCCAAACCGACAGGAUAAUUGCUACGCCGGCUGAGUCUUCGACUCCAUCUAAGUCAAAGGGAAAGCGAAAGGCCGACCGUCCUCGGUCCAAGUCAAAAACGCCGAAACCUGGUGAAGCCGAUGGAGACGGCGACGCAAACAUGAACGAUGAUUCUAUUCCUGAGGGCCCUGCAAUAGACAUCAACUUGAUAUCGAAUACCUUGGAAAUUGCUAGAGAAAGUAUCUUGGCUGCUGACUGUUGCAUUGCACUAUUGAGUAGUGAUAGACUCAACAAGCAGCUAUACUCGGAAGAACUGAUUACUGCUUGUUUGGCAACAAUCAAGAAUCAACUCAUGAAAAUGAUUUAUCCAUUCGUGGAGGCGUCCUCCGACAUCUUUGGCCAUAUCUCACCUAUCCUUCAGCAGCUCGUUCGCAUCCCUUCCCCGCAACACGAACCGCUUCGCCGACAUUUGACGGAGAUCUUCAAUGCUAUUUCCUCUGUGAUCCCUCGAAUCAACGAUUUGAUCUCUUCUGACUACACCGCAAUGUCUGAGAGCAUCAUCAUUCAAGCGGUGUAUAUCGCUAUUGGGCCCUUUUUCAUGGUUGAGUCCGGAGGCAAUAGCAAGGACAAAGCCAGUGCUGUCGUACUGAGCACACUGAGUGUUAGUGCCGUGCGAGGUCUGAGACUUGAAGCACUUUCGCUCAUCCGUAGUAUAUUUGGCAACCACGAAGACCAACGCUCCUGGAUUAUCGAGGAGAUCCUAUCGUCUUUGAUCAAGCAUUCUGAGAGCAAACAAAAAGUUGGCCACUUCCGACUUCGGGAUGGACGCUCUAUCCGAACAGUUUCCGCCCUUUUGCUACAACUCGUGCAAACCUCCGCCCACAGUGUUCGCCUUGAAGCUGAAGACAUUCGCAGGUCUCGUACACAAGCCUCUACUCUGCGUCGCGAAGACAGCUUUAAGGACGCCUCAGACGGUCCUUUACUCGACAAGACGGACAUGGAGGAAAUUCGACUGUACAUAUCCGGUUUGGAGUCGGCUACGAAGGCUGCAAAAACGAUCAUUUUAUUCUUGACGCAAAGGUCUGGCAAGACGAAGACUACCAAAAAUUCGAACGAAGCUGAAUACCGAGCGAUUUUCGACAAUCUGAUUUCGGACCUCCUCACAGUUCUCUUCUGGCCUGAAUGGCCAGCUGCAGCUUUGCUUCUCAGUAUCGCGUGCAAGUUCAUGGUCGCGUCAUUGGAUGACAUCAAGACGGCUAACGACAACAAUGCUGCGAAGACGAUGGCUCUAGAUCAUUUAGGAGUGAUUGCUGCUCGGCUGAGGUCGUGCUCUGUCAAGAGUGCUUCUCAGAAGCCCUCAUCAAAUUCGAUUAGGCUGCAGCCUCUCGACGAGAUACUAUCUGGUCUGAAUUUGGAGAACCUCGGCUUGCUUGCCUCUGCGCAUCAAGGGAUCUGUUCGUUUUUGACGAGGCGUUCCUCGGAGGAUCAGGCGUGUGCGAGUGCGAGAGAACUCAGUGCCGUAGUUUGGGGUCAAGAACUGGCCUUCGUUCUCAAGCAGUGUGGUGAACAGCUGGAAGAUGCCGACGGCGAUAGGCCCCUUUCCAAAGGUGACUACCGACAGCUACAGUCUUUCGGCGCAAGGGUUAAGCAGACCCUCCGAACCUUAUGGAAGGAUUCGACUCCAGAUGUCUUUGACGCUGGUUCCGAGGAAGAGGCCAUGAAAGUCGAUCGUUUGUCCGAAGAAGUCGGCAUGACCCAGAGUUUGAAGGGCUGCUUCAACCCCGUUUUAAAUGUGGUGUUGUCGGCUCUGGACGCGCCUCCGGUAUUCAUGCGAACAAAGGCUCUAAAGGCGCUGGGACAGAUUGUGAUGAGCGAUCCCAGCAUUCUGUCGACGCACACCGUCCGUCAAGCAAUCGAAAGUCAUCUUCUGGACAGCUCACCAGCUGUUCGCGAUGCUGCAGUUGAGCUGAUAGGCAAAUACAUGAUUGACACUCCUGAGGUUGCUGGCGAUUACUAUCCCAAGAUUGCCGACCGUAUAGCGGAUACCGGGCUCGGAGUGCGCAAGCGUGUCAUCAAACUACUGAAGUCGUUCUACAGUGUGACCGAAGACAGCAACCGCCGGAUUGAUAUUUCUACACGUUUAGUCCUGCGAAUGCUGGACGAAGAUGACACGGUGAAAGAUUUCGCUGUCAAGACGGUGGAAGAGAUGUGGUUUCAUGAUGGCAAUGCGACCAUCGCAACUCACAAGGGGAAGUCGCCCGUUCGCCCUCAUGAGAAGUCCGAUCUACUGGCCAAGGUGACAGUGAUCAUGGGCGUUGCGGCAAACUUUAAGGAUCGUCAAUCUCCAGUAGAGGACCUACUCCACCAGAUUAUGGAUGGAAAAGACGCGAACGAAAUGAGCCUUUUGCACAGUCGAUAUGCUGAAAUAUGCCAGACUUUGAUAGAUGGUCUAGUGGAUGCUUCUGAUUUACCUGGCUUCACUGUCCAUAACUGCGUUAGGACCAUUCACAUCUUCGUGGCGGCAUAUCCGGCGGUUCUCAGCACCUCAAAUGCAUUGACGCUAUUGCCGUACUUGAAGAAUGCGACUAGCCCCGAGGAACAAGCAAUUACGGACUGUCUACUUCGUGUUUAUCGAGCUUCGAUCCCUUACUUACCGAAGACCGCGACCAAGUUUGGUCAAGAGCUGCAGCUUGCUCUGCAGCCUAUGGUCUUGAAACCCCCAUCUACCGCUGGAAUCCUCGGUCUGCAGGAAAUUGUCGCGUGCAUGUGUUCCGUCGUUCAGCAUCUCACCCAUGAUUACGGCCGUCUCACUGCUCUACUCAAGUCGUGUAAUGCCCGCUUGCAACAAUCACUUGCCCAACCAACUCAAAAGCUAUCUGCACCUCAAAUUCGUACACUCUCUAUACUCAUUUUCAUUGCUGCCUUGCUUUGUGAACAUUGCAAUUUCGACGAUUUGAGAAAUGGACCGCAUGGUGCCGACAUAGACGCUGUUUCCCCAGGUUCCGUUACCGAACACGUUUACGGCGUGCUCUUGAAACUCUACGAGAAGUAUCCUGACAAGGGUAUGCGUAGUAGAGUGCUGCAAUGCAUGGGAUUCCUGUUUCGCGCACAACCAACUCUGUUAACGGCAGAGCCUUCAACCAUCAUCAUGGACUCCAUCCUCGCUUCUACUGAUGAUGAAGCACGGGCUCGCUUGCUGCGCAUUCUGCAGGAAUUCCUGUCUGCUGAAGCUGAGAAGCAUGCCGCGAAAGAGAAGGAAAAAUCGAAGGGAAGGCUGCCUGCAGGGAAUGUGAACAUGGAAGAGCUCAUUGGUAACACUGACGGGUUCGCUGAAUCAGGAAUAUCGUCUGCUAUCGUGCAACGCUACCUCGAUCCUAUACUAUCUGCGGCUACCUCUCCCAAUCAUCAGAUUCAAUCUCCUGCCGUAGACGUUAUCGCCUACACCGUGAGACAAGGUCUCGCCCACCCUCUUCAGCUUUUCCCUGUCAUUGUUGCAUUGGAGACGAGUCCGUAUCCUCCGCUGAGCGCACGGGCAACUGCUCUGCAUUCGUUGCUGCACAGCAAGCAUACGUCUCUUCUCAACUCACGCUUCGUUGUGAGCGCAAGAGCUUCAUUUGACUACCAGAAGGUUUUGAAUCCACCCGUACGAGGCUAUCGGAUGACUCCAGCUCCUACAGCUCUCAUGCAACAAUGGUAUUCACUUGUACGAGAGAAACGUGCGCAAAGGCAGGACUUCUUGAAGGCUCUUGUGAAGGUUUUCGACAUUGAAUUGGCAACAUCGUCGCAGGAUGAUGUUGACUUUGCACGUUAUAUGGCGGAAAACUUUGCAACGUUCGACUACAAAACGCAGGAGGAGGUCUUGACUGUUAUCAAAUAUCUCACAGCUGUACUAUCAACAACGGGUAUGCAGCUAGUAGGGGUGUUAUCUCCACAACACUUGCUCGCUCAGUUACAUGAUGGGAACCCACCCCCUCAGGAAGGCUCGGUGAGCAUUGCUGCACCAUCUGAACCUCUGCAGGAUGCGACGUCGAACAUGUCCUAUGCUCGGAGCUCUGUGAUUGUCGCUAUCAUUAUGAUACUUAAAGCUUUCUUGAAGACCUUAUAUGGCGUUUCCGAAGAAAAAUGCUCCAAGUUUGUGGUAGGGAAGAAGAGCGCUAUUGGAGACAGACCCGCUACUCGACGACACGAAAGGCCCAUAAGCUGGGAACGAAUACCCUUUGCAACCGCUCAUUUGCAGACCUCACAGGAUGUGGAGGUACAAAAACAAACUGUACGUCUAUUCAAGGCAUAUCUCUUCUAUACUCAUACUCUCGGCAUCUACGUAGUUCUUGUCCGUAUGGAGCGAGGAUGGCCUGUCGGCAGAGCCGACGGAUGAUUAAACUUUAAAAUGCUUUCGAUGUCCCCUGCUUUCUUGUCGUUCUUGCUAUGAACAAUCUGCAUAUUAUUAUUCUAUCAACGAUUUUCCUUCGUUCUUGUGGGACUGUAUGAUUAUCGCUAGGUAUACACUCUAAUGUAUUACUCUAAACAAACCAAAUGCUAUACCUCCUUGUCACCUAUUGUGGAAGUGUGCUUACUUUGGGCCUAGCGACCGUAUUGUUCUCGAAAAUUACAGGGCCCAUGGAUAAGUUCCCGAUGAACUUCUUGGCAUCGUCGUCUAAGGACGGCUCAUCUUCGAACUUCCAGUCCAGUUCUCCGCCAUAUGCUUUCGGAAGAUGAGCAGGGUCAAUCAGUGCGUGCAGGGUUUGUCCUGGGUCCUUUCCGAGAACAUGGACCUUGCGCCGUGUGCCCUCGUCGAACCAUCCCUUCAUACAUCAUCGACAUCA